AUGGAAAAAACCGACUUUGAGCAAUUGAUAAAUUCUCUUUCAAUAUCUCCUUUACCUAAUGAUAUUUUUCAACAAAUAACAUAUUAUCUUCAACAACAAACAAAUGAUCUUUUACCUUCAUUUGUUUCUCAAUCAUUUCAAUCAUUAAUUAAUCUUGAACAUUGGGCAUGGAAAUUACUUAGUCAUGAUUUUCAUCAAUGGAUAAAUCAAUCAAAUUAUCUUGAAUUAUUUCAUAGUCUUGGAUUAUUUAAUUUUAUGUUAAUAUUUAAUAAGAAACAAAUUGAAACGAAUACAAAAUCAUCACUUCUUAUUCAUGAUAAUAUUCAAUGGAUUAAUCAAAUAUUUGAUCAAAUUGAAAAAAUUGAAAAUCAUAAUGAUCCAUUUCUUGUUAUUGUUAGUUGUUGGUUUGAAAAUCUUUCAUAUUUAAUUCAUGAACAUACACAAUUUGAAACAGCACCUAUUUUUAUUCAUAUAUGUCAACGUUUAGGACAUGAUUAUCUUCUAACUGAUCAAUAUAAAUUUUAUUUAACACAAUUAUGUCAAUCAACAAUUUCACAAUCAAUAUUUACAGCUAAACAAUUAUUUUAUAUAAAAACAUGUUCAUUUUUAUUUCGUAUGUAUAUAUGUGCAAAAGUUGAUAAAUCACCUUUUAAAGGUGAUGAAUUACUUAAUCGUUUUGGUAAAGAUUAUUUACAAAUAAUUUUUAUACAUAGUCAUACAGUUGAUUCUUGGAGUCGACAAUUAUUAACUUGUAUAACACAUCUUAUUGAUUUUAUGUGUGCAUGUUGUUGGUGGGGAACUGAAAAAGCUUUAUAUAUUGAAAUACUUGUACCAAAUGAACAAAUUGUUUAUGAUCAUAUACAAGGACUUAUUCGUAUUGUUAGUUGUAAAUCAUUUCAUGAACGUAUAACAUCACAAUGGAAUAAUGAUGAAACAAUACUUAUUGAUUCAAUAUUUAUUUUUUUUAUGGGUGCUUUAUUACAAAUAAAAAAUUUAAAUUAUUUUAUUCGUUCAGAAACAAUAUUAUCUCAUGUAAUUUUAGCAAUAGCACAAAAAUCAUGUUAUGAUCGUAUAUCUGUAGGCGCAUAUGGAAUUUUAGCUGAAAUUUUAUCUGAUAAACAAUUAAAAGAACUUAAAAUUACAGAUAAUAUAUCAGAACUUUUCUUUCGUAUUUUGGAACUUGCAUUGAAACAUCCAACAAAACGUUAUAAACGCUUUUUCACUUUAUCAAAAAACGAUGCAAUUCAACAAACAACGGCUGAUUCAAAUAAAAUUUCACUUUUAAUAGAAAUAUCUGAUGAAUAUCCAAAAACAUUAGAUAUAUUAUGGAGUCUUUCAUUUAAUCAAGAUAUUCAACAACAAUUAUGUUCUAAUCGUUCAUUUAUGAAUAAAUUAACUCGUUUAAAAGAAGAAUGUAAUGAUGAAAAAAUGCGUCGAAUUAUAUUUGGUUUACUUUGGAAUCUUGAAUCAAGUCAUCAAGAUCGUAUUAUAUCAGAAAUUAGUGAUGAAAAAACAUUUGAUAUUAUGAUUAGUUAUUCACAUAAAGAUGAAAUUAUUUGUAAAAAAAUUUAUGAAGAACUUAUUAAAUUUGGUUAUCGUGUAUGGAUUGAUUAUGAUCAAAUACAUGGAAAUGUUAUGGAUGCAAUGGCACAAGCUAUUGAAAGAUCACAUACAGUUAUUAUUUGUAUGAGCGAAAAAUAUCGAAAAAGUAAUUAUUGUCGUGCUGAAGCACAUUAUGCAUUUCAACGUCAAGUUAAAAUUGUUCCAAUACUUUUACAAGAACAAUAUCAACCUGAUGGAUGGCUUUUAUUUCUUAUUGGUCAAUUAUUAUAUGUUGAUUUUUCUAAAUAUGACUUUCCACGAGCAAUGGAAUUAUUAAUUGCAGAAUUAAAAGCUCCUAGUACACAGGAAACUCAAAUAGUACCUGUUCAAUCUCAACAGGAUAAUUAUUUUAUACAUCCAUUAACAUCGGAAUUAUUAAAACUUCCGGAAAAUAUUCUUAAUUGGACACAAAUAGAUGUACAAAAUUGGUUAAUAGAAUCGAAUUUAAGACAAAUGGCUCGUCUUCUAAUUAAUUUUGAUGGACCAAGUUUGAAUAGUUUAUAUGAAUUAAUAAUACGAAGUGAACCUGAACAAAUUUUGAAAUUAUUUCAAGAUGAUUGUUUACGAAAUAUUAAUGAAAAUAUAUCAUUAUUGGAAUUAGCUCGAUUUCGUACAUUACUCAAUGAACAACAAAGAUUAAUAACAAAAAGUUGUAAUAUAUUAAAUCUUGUAUAUUGUUGUCGUAUGAUGUAA